AUGGAAGAGCGCAAACAGACGGUGUUCAGGGAAGUCGUUAUAAUAGGAGCCGGUUGGUCAGGCUUGUUGGCAUGUAAAAGCAUGUUAGAGGAAGGAUUGACAGCUGUGGCACUGGAAAAACGACCUGACGUGGGAGGCCUGUGGAACUACACAGACGAUCCAAGCAUAAUAACGGUUAUGAAGAACACAAAAACCACUUCUUCAUCCACGGUGACAGAAAUGUCUGACUUUCCAAUGCCGGAGAAAAUCGGCCAGUUUCCGAAGCAGGAAGAUGUACUGAGCUAUCUAAAGUCAUACUGUGAUGCUUUCGAUCUUUGGCCGCAUAUUCGCCUCGGUCACUGCGUAAUAGAAAUUACGAAGGCCGACAAGUUCUGGCGUGUACGCUGUGAGAAUGAGCAACUUUUUGAGAGUAAGUUUUUGAUCAUUUGCACAGGAAGCGUUCAGAAGCCCAAUCGGGAACUUGAGCACACGAUCCUUCGAGAUUUUGUGGGAGAGGUUUGCCACAGUUCCGAAUUGAAAUCGUUUGUCCCCGAGCACGAAAAUAAGCGAGUGAUGCUGGUAGGUGGGGGAGAGACUGCAAGUGACAUUGUGGAAGAGUAUUAUGAUCACGUGACACGCAUUGUUUGGUGCAUACCACGUGGGAUGCAUUUCUUCCGGAAGUAUGCUAAGAUCCUACCCAACAGACGACCUCAAGCUUUGGAUAAAGCCUCCUCCCGAGUCAUGAAGUCCAUUGCUCCUUUUACAAAGGGCAAACCAGGUGAGUAAAGUUAAGUGUGUACGAUGUAAGGGACUGUACAAUCGUUGGACAAACGAGCGCAGAAAUUCCAUACUGAUGACGCGUCACUACCCAGAUCUCAGAACUGCUUGUGAUUGGUCGUGCUGCGUGCCGAUUUUGCUUCAGCCAAUUAGAAGACUACCCAGCUCUGGGUAGCGACACGUUAUCAGUAUAGAAUAUCUGCGCUCGCUUCUCAGACGGGGAAGCCAGUGGUGGCGUUGCAAAAUGUCGGCUGUUUUCUCAAACUAAAGAUGAUCUCUUUUCAUGUUCGUUUUAGGGCUCUCUUGGAUUUGCAGUUGGACAACAAACGGCUCCUUACUUGCUUAUCAAGGUCAUGGCAUUGCAGAGUGGAAAAAUGAUGCCAAUUUUUUCCGAUUUUUCAUCAACAAAAAUGGUCAUGUGUUAGACAGAGUGGACUAUCAGCGCUGUGUACCAAAGGGUGCCAUUGAGAACAUCAAAGGCAAAAGAGUUGUAUUCUGUGAUGGCACGGAAGAAAGUGUAGAUGUGAUCAUCCAGUGUACUGGCUUCCAAACUGAAUUCCCGCUCCUUCCCUCUAAGUUUCAAGCCGUACGUUUGACGCAAAAUUACAAGUUCAUCUUUAACGUGGACGACCCAACGUUAGCAUUUGUUGGCUACGUUCGGCCAGUGGUCGGUUCGAUCUCAGGAAUUGCUGAGAUCCAAUCGCGAUUUAUCGGAAAAGUGUUUUCGGGAAAGUGCGAUCUUCCAUCGCGAGAUCAGCGUCUUCAGGCAACGUUAAAAGACAACGAUUUCUGGGACGACUACUUUAAAGAUUCUUCCCGAAGGCUAGGUACGCUGGUGGAAGCAUACACAUACAUCGAUGAUAUUGGAAGCCUUUGUGGGAUCAAGCCAGACUACUGGAAGCUGUUUUGGCGCAAUCCGCGGGCAUGGCGACUGGCUGUCUUCGCGCCGUACGACGGCUGCUCUUUUCGGCUUAAUGAGCCAGAUAAGGAAGCAUGGGCAAUAGACCACCUAAGAUUACAGAUGGAAGACACAUUUGGGCCUUCGCAUCUUAUUCUGAUUAUGUUUCUGAGGCUAAUUUGGUUCGACAGUUGGCUUAACCUGCUGGGAAAGAUCAAGUACUGGAUUCAACGCUCGGUAUGGUGGAAAAAGAUGAGGGAAUGGAAGUUAGUACAGACACUAGACUGGUACUGGCAAGCACCUAAGCGAUGGCUGUUUGACCGAAAAACCAGAGCAUGA